CCGCCCGGCGCCCGGCGAUCCUGGGUACUUGUAAGCCCCGUUGCCCGGCGCUCCCGAUUGGCUGUUGCUAGGUGACGUCGCCUGGGUUCACGUGACAAGUGUUAAAUGCCCACCCUGCAGGAGCCCGCCCCGCAGACAAGCGUAAAGCCGCAGCGGGCCGCUCACCUGCUCCCGCCUCCCGGAGCCCCGCCGCCCCGACCCCCCUCCACGGCCCGCCCCGCCCGAGCCUACUACGUCGGGCAAGAAGCCGAGCGGGGCCGAGAGGCGGAGAGAGGAGAGGAUGAGGCCGACGGCAGCUGUCCCGAGCAGUGCACGGUGACCGCCUCCCCCGGAGGAGGAGGAGUUGCCUAGACCAUUUGCCACAUUUCUCGUUUUCCUUCCUGCCCACCCACCCCGGUAUUGCAUUGGCUGCUGGACGGGACCGGCCGGGAGAGACGGAGGAGGCGCCUCGCUUCCCCCCUCGCGCCCCGCCGCCACCCCUGCUCGUCCCCGUCCCCGUCCCCGUCCCGGGCCAGGAUGACCGGAGUCUUUGACAGUUUGGUGGCUGACAUGCACUCGACCCAGAUCACGGCCUCCAGCACGUUCCACCAGCCCCCGCAGCCCCCGAGCGGCGGCGGCGCGGGCCCCGGCAGCAGCCUGCACAAGCCGCAGGAGUCGCCGACCCUCCCGGUGUCCACGGCCACCGACAGCAGCUACUACACCAACCAGCAGCCCCCGGCGGGCGGCGGCGGCGGCUCGCCCUACCCCAGCAUGGGCUCCUACCAGUACCACGCGGGCGGCCUCGGCGGCGUCCCCUACUCCGCCAAGGGCGGCUACGACCUGGGCUACACCGCAGCCUACUCCUCCUACGCGCCCUACGGGACCAGCCCGUCCCCGGCCAACAACGAGCCUGAGAAAGAGGACCUCGAGCCUGAGAUCCGGAUAGUGAACGGGAAGCCAAAGAAAGUCCGGAAACCCCGCACCAUCUACUCCAGCUUCCAGCUGGCGGCCCUGCAGCGGCGCUUCCAGAAGACUCAGUACCUAGCGCUGCCCGAGCGCGCCGAGCUGGCCGCGUCCCUGGGCCUCACCCAGACGCAGGUCAAAAUCUGGUUCCAGAACCGCCGGUCCAAGUUCAAGAAGAUGUGGAAGAGCGGGGAGCUCCCCUCGGAGCAGCACCCGGGGGCCAGCGCCUCCCCGCCCUGCGCGUCGCCGCCGGCCUCGGCGCCCGCCUCCUGGGACUUCGGGGCGCCGCCGCGGGUCGGGGGCGGCGGCGGCGGCAGCUCGGGCUCCAGCCCCAGCGGCGCGGCCUCGGCCUUCCUGGGCAGCUACCCGUGGUACCACCAGGCCUCGGGCUCGGCCUCCCACCUGCAGGCCGCGGCGCCGCUGCUGCACCCCACGCAGACCCCGCCGCCGCACCACCACCACCACCAUCACCAGCACCAGCACCAGCACCAGCACCAAGGCGGCGGGGGCGCCCCGGUGAGCGCCGGGACGAUUUUCUAGCCGCGGGGAGACUGCGCCAGGGACUGAGAGCGGAGACCCGCUAGCCUCAGCGCUCGCCCGCGCGCCGGAGGGUCUCCCCAGCCGGCUCGCCGCCGCCCCUGCCGGGGGUUUGGUUUGCCGGGGCUGUGGCCCGGGAUGGCCCGCCCCGGGUCCCGCGACCUUGCGCGGCGCCACGGAGCCACCAGGACCUGCACGGCUGCUCUCGGAGGUCCCGGGAGCUGGUGUGGCGCAGGCCGCGGGCCACGGCCGCCCCUCCGCCCUGAGCCCCGCCUCAGACUGGCCUCCCCUCCCCGCCCUCCCCUCCCCGCCCUGCGAGGCUGUCCGGCGCCGUCCUCGCCGCGGGCAGCGAGCGGAGUCCGGGAAGAGGACGCCUCCCCCGCCCGCCAGGCUUCCCGGGCGCUCUGAAGCUCCUUUCUCCUCGCCAGCCCCGGGCCAGGCGCCGUGCGCCCCGGCGGCUGACCCCCGCGUCCGGCCCGCCGCCCCCACACGCCCCGUGACCCCGCCGCCGCCUCUUUUCUGUCCCGCCGUUUGCAGAGGAUGGAGCCUCGUCCUCUCCCGCCGCCAACUCUCCCCUUAGCCCUCUCCUCAUCCAUCACCCGUGGAGUUUUUAUUUCUAUUUUUAUUUUUUAAAAGUUUAGGUGCCUUUGCGGAUGACCUCAUUUUGAUGUUGGGGAGGGGGGAAAUGAUUUUUUUAACAUGUGGACACUGCAAAAAAAAAAAAACUGUUUAAAUUAUCUUUUUUAAAAAUCUAUUCAGGGUCAUUAGCCUGGACUUCGGAAACAUAGAGUUUGUAAAUAAAGGUGUCUGUGCAGAUUUUCCCCACUGAUUUAUUUGUAUAAAAUACUCAUCUUUUCGGACUGUUUUUUGUAAACCCCUCACUUGUGAAAACUCCAGUUUAGCAGUGACCUCAGCAACCCCUCCGUUUUAUUUUAUUUUUUUCCCCUUAAGAAAUGUUCUCAGUUAAGCUAAGCUACUGAUUUGGAUUUGUAAUAGCUUAUCCUGAAGUCUUUGUUCUUGAAAUGAAAGGUAUUUGGGGGUUAUUUAUUAUGAAAACAACAUGCUCUUCGUGUUGGUUUUACACUAUGAAUAUAUAAUUUAAAUAAAUUAUUGUUUUCAUCGGA